AUAGUGAUGUAAAUUUAUAGUUUCUUAGUUUAAAAAACAAUACGGCAAUUCGGCUGAGUUAAAUAAACUCCAGUACAGCAGGACACCUCCUAAAUCUUCUCGUGAAAGACCUUUGCAAAAUCCAAGCGUUUUAUGUUUAUGCAUAUAUACAAGAUUUUAAGCAAAUAGAAAUCCGUUUAUGUCGUUUAGCAUUUGAGCAUUAAACUGCUGAUUUAUUGGCCAUUUGGGGCACGUGGCCUGGAUCACACACAAAGAACAUGUAUUAUAUUUAUAUAGCGUACAAACUAAGGCAAAUGUGAAGCAAGUAGAAGUAUUUAUGUUGCGAUUUCAACAAUAAAAAAUAUGUUAUCAAAACACGAGCGAACCACAAAUUCAAGGUCAAUAAGCUGGCAGUGACAUUUACACCUUGGUACAUAUAAACAGAACUAAAUGCUCUCUCAUGAUGCUUACUUCUGAAAGUGGUAAUAAGCUAAUAGACAAGGAAUUCAAUUACUGACCAUUUAACGCAAAAACGUUGCCAUGGCACAGAAACAGAAACAGUCUUAUUGGUACUUUGGCGGCUUGGCCAGUGUAGGUGCGGCUUGUUGCACACAUCCGCUGGAUCUGAUCAAAGUCGCCCUCCAAACACAACAAGGUCAGCUGUCAGUGUUUCAACUCGUUCGCGGCAUUGUUAGCGAACAGGGAGUUACGGCGCUGUACAAUGGUCUCUCUGCCUCGAUUCUAAGACAGAUGACCUAUUCUACGACACGUUUUGGCGCCUACGAAGUUGGAAAGGAUUAUGUAAAUACAAACACAUUCGCUGGCAAGGUGGCGCUCGCCGGAAUGUCUGGUCUAGCUGGUGGCAUUGUGGGCACACCUGCUGACAUGGUGAAUGUGCGCAUGCAAAACGAUGUGAAGCUUCCUUACCGUCAACGCAGAAAUUACAAGAAUGCCGUCGAUGGUCUCAUCAAGGUGUAUCGCUCAGAAGGAUUCACGCGGCUUUUCUCCGGCGCCACGACUGCCACAGCACGCGGUGUGCUCAUGACAAUUGGUCAAAUUGCAUUUUAUGAUCAGAUUAAGCUGUAUCUCUUAAAAACGGAUUACUUCAAGGACGAUCUAGUAACUCAUUUUACAGCAUCGCUGGCAGCGGGCGCAAUUGCUACAACGCUGACGCAACCUCUGGACGUGCUGAAGACACGCUCGAUGAACGCUGCUCCUGGCGAAUACAAUGGCCUGUGGGACAUUGUUAAGCAUACUGCUAAGCUGGGCCCAUUGGGCUUCUUCAAGGGCUACGUGCCGGCGUUUGUGCGUCUGGGGCCGCAGACAAUUUUAACAUUUGUACUGUUGGAGCAGCUGCGCCUCAACUUUGGCUACGUUAAGACCAGAACUCCGACUGUCGGCGAGUCAACUAAAGUCUACUUCCGGCAUACUCAAAGAUAGCAUCAACUCCAACAUGCUGUUGCAUGCAA